AACAUUGGCACCGGACCUCUAAAACUUGACUACAAAACCCUGGCUGCGCUGCCCACAACCAGUCUGCAGAAACUCAAUAGGGCGCCACCUUCUGAUUUCACCAGGACGGACAGCCCAAUCAGGGAAGCACCUUAUUCUCCCAUCAUCCAACCGGCCAACGUUCAUUACACCUCAUCUCCUACUGCCAAGGAUGACAUUUCCUCAUCAACGCGACCGGGUGCCAUCCAGCCAGUUGGGCGCGUGCGCCAGAGUAACUCCCCUGCCACUCCGGACGGUCACAGUCCCAACCCCUUCCAGCAUGGCCCCUCCCCCUUCAACUCCCAGACCUCUGACCUGUAUGGUGUGAGGAACAAUUUCCACCCAAAGCAACCUUCUCCAGAGCCUGAGUUGAACAACGAGGUGUUUGAUGAUGACAUAGAUGGUCAGGAGGGAGCUGGUAAGGGUGUGAGCAGCAAGUUCUCCCCCCGUCGGGAGUAUAUCAGCCUGGCAGCAGUGCCUCGCCUCUCCAGGGUUUCCACGGACCUGCAGAGUCCUUCUCCCAGUGGUAGGGGCACCCCAGAGCAGCGCUCGUUCAGGGACCGACAGAAGUAUUUUGAGAUUGAUGUGAAGCAGCAGACGCCAGACAAACCUAAACCUCGAGUCUCUCUUGUUGGAGAAGAUGACCUCAAGAAAAUGAGGGAGGAAGAAGAGAGAAAGUUUGAGCAGCGGGCGCGGGAGUACUUGCUGGAUGAAGACGAUGACGAGGAGGAAGAGGAGGACCUGGCUAAGCAGGUGGCACAGAUGAAGGCCUCCGGCAAAGUGUUGUUGGAUGGAGUGGAGUACAACGUGGAGCCAGUAUCCACCCCAUCCCAGCACUGCUCCACACCACCAAGCUACAACGCCACACCACCGAGCUACUGUGGCAGCUCAGGGCCAUCCUCUGUUGAUGGUAAGGGAGACUCUCAGAGGAAUUCACUGGAGGAUGGCUUCAGGCUGGAGCAGAGGCCCAACUCCAUGACUGGUCUGAUCCCGGUGUAUCCCGGAGAGACGGCGGCUCCAAUCCGCACUGCCAAAGCAGAGCGCAGACACCAAGACAGACUUCGUAUGCAGAGCCCCGAGCUGACUGUGGCCCCUGACAAGGACCUGUCCCCUGCUGAGAAACGAGCUCUGGAGGCUGAGAAGAGAGCCAUGUGGAGGGCAGCACGGCCCUACGGCCUAGAGGAGGAAGUUAGGCAGUAUGAGCAGGACCUGGCUAAGAGGCUCUACCAGGCCAGAGUGAGGGCCUCUCAGGGCACGGCAGAGGCCCCCCAGCCCCCCACCUCCUCCUGUACCUCCUCUGCAGCCUCCCAGCUCAGAAUGAAGUCUCUGGAGCAGGAUGCACUGAAGGCUCAGAUGGUCAUCGCCAAGUCUCGGGACGGGAAGAAACGUGGGACACUAGACCAACUGACGGAGUCGCCCUCGCCCGCCCCCACACCCUCUCCAACACCUAUGGAAGAGCUCAGUCCUCGAGGACUAACCUCUCCAGGCCGGCUGUCCCUGUCGUCAAAGAAGUUUGACUACCGACAGUUUGCUGCCAUUCCUUCUUCCAAACCCGUAUACGACAUCCAGUCCCCUGAUACAGUCGAUGACGUGCAGUUCCACGACGAUGGCUCCACUAACCCAGGGCCUACUGCAAGUCCUGAGGUCUCCACCCCGCUGCCUGCCACCUCAGCCCUGGAGGAGAUGGCCCUUUACAGCAACAAGCGCAAACUGAGGCAGGGCCGCCGCAGCCUGGAAACCGCUGUGCCCACGUAACACCUCACACUGAGAGAAGAAAUGCGAAGACAUAAUGCGAACACAGACACACAUUUUCAUUCACUGUGGAGUACUGGUAACACGUGGGUGCAUCCACAGGAGGUGCAGAGUCACUAAACACUACAGUGUCAGUAGAGCGAGAUUUACUUUCCUAUAUAUAACCACUGCAGAGACUAAGAAGCUGAUAGUCACCACACGUACACACUCACUUAUAUCCUGCGUGCCAGUCUUGCCUAUACAGUCUGUGAAUGAGUUGGCAAGUUGCUCAACAGUCCCUCAAGGGCAAGAACGAGCUUGUGUGGUUAGCUAGGAUUGCUACUUACAGACCAUUUGUUUUUAUUUGUUCUACACUCAGUUUACCUUUUUAGCUGAUCUGUUUUAAAGAGUUUAGUUUUUAAUUCUCGCACCUCCAAUGAUUCUGCUGUUUUAGAAAAAAAAAAACAUACUGGAAGAGAAAAGAAAUGGGUCUUAGCUAUACUAACUCCUUGAAAUGAUAUUUUUAGGCUUUCAGUGAAUAGAUUGUAAAAUGUCAGGGGUUUCUUUAACCUGGGGUGGACAGGAGUGUAUAUAUUAAUUGAGGGAACAUCCUGCUACCUUCAUAGUCAAGUUGUGGAGCUUUAAAAACAACAAACAGUACAUAUCUUUUUUUGCACUGUCACUGAUCAGCUUUUUAAGAAUAUCUUAAUUUAUUGUUUUACUAAAAUUAAAGGUGUUCCAUUUUAACCCUUCCAGCCCUUUUGGGCACAAAGAGCAUGACUGAUGCUUCUAAUCAUUUAUCAUUACAAAAAUGUGUAAUAGAUAUGGGUCAAAGCUUUUAACUAAUAAAUCACAUAUCAGUUAAUCUAUUAUAUACACUUAUUCUCCAGGGGUUUUUAAAAGAAGCAUAUCUACAAAUUAGAUUGCUUGGACAAUGUACAGCUGUUGCACAUCUGUGUCACAACUCACCAAUGGGUUGGACCAAAAUAUUGGUGAGUCAUCGGUCCAGAUUUAUUGACUGUUACAUUCCCCUUGUAUAGAAUAUAACUCCACUCGAGGUUGCAGCAUUGAGCUGGCAGUUUCACAGAAAAGGUUGAGAAUAUCAAAGUUUGACAACAUACAUUUUUAGCAUAAUGUACUAAUUAACGGUACUUAUCCUCCCUGUUUAGGGUAUCUUUUAUUUUACCAAUGUGAAUCAUUAAUUUCUAUCCUAGAGCUAUAUGGAGGUAUUCCAGAGUGACGUGAAGGUAGCAGGUGUUUUAUAUUUCUGUCUAUGGUUAAUUUAAAUCUGAUGCCACUGAAAAAUCAUUUAUUGUGUGAAUAAUGUACAAAUAAUGAAAGGAAAGCAAACUUGGGUUUGAAACUGAGCCAGUCUUGACCUAGACCAAGCGAGUGUCUGGACUGCUGAUGCGUCUGGGUUUGGACAGGCCUGGUAUCAGGACACUCUCUGCAUGUAUAUUGGUUUGUUAAUGGGAGAGCUGCGAGAGGCAGAACCAAUUUAGAAAUCCCUCUCAAGAUAUUGAUCUCAUUCAGUUCACUGCUUGACACACUGUCAGUUUAUGUAUCUGAUGGGUAUUUUUGCAGAAUCACAGCAUAGUAGCAUUUGUUAAUUUAAUGUAGGUCUUCUAAUGAUAGCUUUCCAUGUUGCUCUCACUGACUGAAAUUCAGUUUGUUUGAUAACAUUUGCAAUGGCUGAUAUUUCUUUUUUUUUUUAAACUUACAGUAGGUAAAUCGUUUUUCAGAUGGGUUUCACUACAUUAUUAAUGCAGUGUUUCAUGUUUGUGUGUUUUAUUCUUUUGUCUUGAGUUCUCUUUGGGGGCUUUUACUUUGCAAAUAGGUCGGAGGGAAAGGGGUCAAGGGUUAGAGCUCAUACAAGACUGUAACUAGUGAAUUUGUACAACCAAAGAAGUCUAUUUUGUGGUUCAGGAAUAAUAAAUUUUACUUUUCAUUUAAGAAGCUGA